GUCUAGAAAGUAACAUACUUUUAAUAAAUAAGAUAAUCGAGGUGAGUACAUAUGCGUAGUGCAUUUAUCCUGCGCAUACAUUUCAACUCCUGUGUUAUCUUUGUUAUCUAUGGUUUCAUGCAGUAUACUGAAAUCCAGACCAAAGAUGACGUCCAAGACAUCAAAUGUAUGCGACGAGAAAAGAACACCGCGAAGAUGUAUCUUAUGGAUAUGUUUAUUUAUUUUUCUCUAUGCUACUAUAUAUUGCAUACUUGCACAGCCGAGGUUCACAUAUAUAAACAAGCUGAAAUGGAUUGGAAGCAAAUAUACGGAACAUUUUCAGCCUGUUGUUCCAGGGAAAAGUUACGUCUUCGUCUUUUCUGCGUUUAAGUUAAGUUCCGACAAUGAUAAAGUGUCUAUCGUUUCCAUCGUAGACAAGUACUCGCCAUUACAUGAAUUUAAGUGCAUUCUUAGGGGAAAGGGGAAUUCGACGGAGAAAUGGACCUAUGCAACGUUGGAAGAAUAUCCAGAGAGUCAUAAUCGAAGGUUCUCGGCGGCUGUUUUCCAUUGUGAUGUUGAGCAGAGUCAAGAGCCUGACACUGUUAGUUUAGUCGCAGACGGCCAACAGACGCCAGCUAACGUAUUGCCGAUCAUAUCUGAAUCACAUCCUAAACGUACGUUCACAGUGUGCGUGUCUCCUUUACAUUCUAGAUAUAGCAAAGCGUACCAGCUCGUGGAAAUGGUGGAAGUAAAUCUGCUUUUAGGAGCUGACCAUUUUUUCUUUUAUAACUAUAGCACAAACUGGAAUGUCGAUGCUGUGUUGAACCAUUAUCAAUCUCAUGGACUUGCAACAGUUUUACAGUGGCCCCUACCCGCGGUACUGCAGGAUGAUAAUCAGACAGAGCCGAUUCACUACUAUGGCCAAAUAGCAAUGCUUAAUGACUGUUUGAAAAGAAAUCAUGGAGCCAGCAGGCAUGUAAUCUUUCAUGAUCUGGACGAACUCAUCAUUCCAAAUAGUCAUAAAUCAUGGAAGGACUUGUUGAACUCGCUGCCGGCCAAUAUGUCUGCCUACAUGUUUCGUUCGUCAUAUUUUCAUUUAGAAUGGCCAAAUGUGGAAUCCAAUUCAAAGCUGGUUAACAAGAUUGCAAAACGUUACAAGGCGAAUUCCUUUCUUAAACAGUAUAGAGAAGAGCGAGUUUUCAGUCCGAAUACUAGGUCCAAGUAUCUAGUUGAUCCCUUACAAGUUCACAGUGUUGGUAUUCAUCGUGUAUGGGCAUUCAGGGAUAGAGGCAGACAACACUUUGUACCACCAAACGUUGCUCUUGUUCAUCAUUAUCGUGAAGGGAUACUCGAACGGCAAAACAGCCGUCUUAAGGAUAACAGUACACUGAAAUUCAUAGCCGCUCUUAAUCAGAUUGAGGAAACAUGGAAACUGCUACCUCAUAUUCCCCUCGGACCAAUCACAUAAAACCAUGACAUGCGUAUGUUUAUUGAUUGUAAUGACACAUUUAAUUACCGAAACACUGCUUACCAUAUUUAUCUCAUACGUGUGGUGUAUAUUACCCGUAUGAUUAACCUUUGCUAUAUCAAACUGGUGAUGCUUUAUCAAAUACUUUCGAUCCGAACUUAGCUCCUUGCUUCAACGCUUCAGUGACCUAAUUUUGAAGAUUUGCUAGUACUUUCAACAUAACUAUAUCUACUAUAAAAAUUGAUAUAAAAUGGAUUUUGUCAAAGAUUUAAAUUACAAAUAUGAAGGAAACCACAUAACUGCGUAGCAUAGGCGUCGGAUCUCGUUCAAAUGAUUAUAUUUGCUCGGCAAGCCUCGCGAAUAUAUACACCAUUUCAACUCGUUAGAUAAAGCAAAUUUAAAAUCACACAAUAUAGGCAUCCUCUAUAAACAUAUAUGAUAAUCUAUUACACAAAAAGAAACGAAAUACAAUGUUGUCUCAAUAUGUGUAUGUGAACGUAUUGUUUGUAUACAUCUACAUGUAGCUAGUAAUUUUGAUUCUUUUGAAUUUUUUUUUUAUUGAUGCAGUCUUUUGAAUUUCUUAUAAAUGGUACUUUGUCAUAUGAAGUACGAUAAAAGGUUUGGUUUUCUAAAGGUUAAUGCUUCACAUUAUCUGUAAUAACGAUACAACCAAUGCACCAUAAUAAUGUCACUUUUUCAAGUAAUUUUCAUGUGAAAAUCAGUAGUAAGAAUAUUACUUCUAAAAUGAUAUUUUAAAUUUGUAUCCAAAUUAUCGUAAAUUAAAAAGUUAUCUAUUAAUAAUGAACAACUUGUAAUAGAAAAUUUUAAACUUUUUUUUUGUCACCAAUUAAUGAUGACAAAACAUAAAAUGGUUCAAGAACAAGAAACUUAAAAAAAAGAUAUAUCGUUCAGAGUUGUCGUGGCAAAUUUGUUUUAUUCUUUCACAAUUUCUGUCUUCAAAUACAUCAAACUAUAUAACGUAAUUUUUAUUUCUGUCUGGUGACUCAUAAAAAAGGGUCAUUGAUAAUUUAUUUAUUUUCUGGAGAUAGAAAGGGUCUCAGAAAGACCUCUACAUUGAAAAUCGAACUUGUCCAAAUGAGGGCAUUGAAUUUCUAAAAAAAAAAAAUGCACUGAAUAUCCCAAUAGGCAAGGGUACACAAAACACACUCCUUUACAAUA